AUGAAGCCUCCAGCCUCUGCCCGUGAAAGUGCCAUCCUGCUGGUCCUGUUGCCGCUGCUGGCUGUCCUCCAGACCACCCAUGCCCAAAAGAAUGCCAUCGACAUCUACAGCCUCACUGUGGACUCCAAGGUCUCCUCCCGGUUUGCCCACACGGUCAUCACCAGCAGGGUGGUCAACAAAGCAGAUUCCAUGCAGGAGGCCACCUUCCAGAUAGAGCUGCCCAAGAAAGCCUUCAUCACCAACUUCUCCAUGAUCAUCGACGGUGUGACCUACCCAGGGAACAUCAAGGAGAAGGAUGCAGCCCAGGAGCAGUACAGUGCAGCCGUGGCCAGGGGGGAGAGCGCUGGCCUCGUCAAGGCCACUGGGAGAAAGAUGGAGCAGUUCCAGGUAUCGGUCAGCGUGGCUCCCGCUGGCAAGGUCACCUUUGAGCUGGUGUAUGAGGAGUUGCUCAAGCGGCGUCUGGGAGUGUAUGAGCUGCUGCUGAAAGUCCAGCCCCGGCAGCUGGUCAAGCACCUGCAGAUGGACAUUCACAUCUUCGAGCCUCAGGGCAUCAGCUUUCUGGAGACAGAGAGCACCUUCAUGACCAAUGAGCUUGUAGACGCCCUCACCGUCUCACAGAACCAGACCAAGGCUCACAUCCGAUUCAAGCCGACGCUGUCCCAGCAACAGAAGUCUGCAGAGCAAGAGGACACAGUGGUGGAUGGCGACUUCAUCGUCCGCUAUGAUGUGAACCGCACCCUCUCGGGAGGCUCCCUUCAGAUCGAGAAUGGCUACUUUGUGCACUACUUUGCCCCGGAGAGUCUGUCCAUGAUACCCAAGAAUGUGAUCUUCGUCAUUGACACCAGUGGCUCCAUGAUGGGCAGGAAAAUCCGGCAGACUCGGGAAGCCCUCAUCAAGAUCCUAGAGGACCUCAGGCCCGAAGACCACUUCAACCUCAUUACCUUCAGCAGGGAGGCAACCCAGUGGAAGCCAUCUCUGGUGCCAGCUUCGACCCAGAACGUGGAGGAGGCCAAGAAAUAUGCUAAAACCCUCAAGGCCCAGGGAGGAACCAAUAUCAACGAUGCGAUGCUGAUGGCCGUGCAGCUGCUGGAGACAGCCACCCGGGAGGAGCAGCUGCCCUCAGGGAGCGUGUCCCUUCUCCUUCUCCUCACUGAUGGCGACCCCACUGUGGGCGUGACCAACCCCAGCAAGAUCCAGAAGAAUGUGCAGGAGGCCAUAGGCGGUCAGUACAGCCUCUUCUGCCUGGGCUUUGGCUUCGACGUCAGCUACGCCUUCCUGGAGAAGCUGGCGCUGGACAAUGGCGGCCUGGCUCGGCGCAUCUACGAGGACUCGGAUUCCGCCCUGCAGCUGCAGGACUUCUACCAGGAGGUGGCCAACCCCCUGCUGACCGCAGUGACCUUCGAGUACCCAAACAAUGCUGUGGAGGAGGUCACGCAGGACAACUUCCGGCUGUUCUUCAAGGGCUCCGAGAUGGUAGUGGCCGGGAAGCUCCAGGCCCAGAGCCCUGAGGUGCUCUCAGCCCAAGUCAGCGGGAAGCUGCCCACGGAGAACAUCACCUUCCAAGUGGAGUCCCAGGUGGCAGAGCAGGAGGAGGAGUUCCGAAGGCCCAAGUACAUCUUCCACGGCUUCAUGGAGAGACUCUGGGCGUACCUGACCAUCCAUCAACUGCUGGAGCGAAUGGUUUCCGCAUCCGAUGCUGAUAAGAACGUCCUGGAGAAGCAAGCUCUGGGCUUGUCGCUCAACUAUAGCUUUGUCACCCCCCUCACGUCCAUGGUGGUGACCAAACCAGAAGGCCAAGAGCAGUCUCAAGUUGCUGAGAAGCCCGUGGAAAGUGAAAAGGUUCCCUCAGGUCGCACUGUCUUCAGACAUCGAGCCAUGGGACACAUGGGGCCCAAAUUACCAGGAGACAGCCAUGCAGGACGUUUUGUUAGCGUCAGAAGAAACCUCUGGGGACAAGCAGGAGUUUCCAUGCACGCUCAAGUUUAUGAUUCUCCCAGCGAGAGAGCGGAACCACCUGAAAUUCGUUUUACUUCUAAAACAAGCCCUACAGCCCCACCACCAGCCCCCAUCCAGGCUCCCACCGUCAUCCUGCCUCUGCCGGGGCAGAGCGUGGACCAGGUCUGCGUGGACAUCAAGCGCACCCCGGAGCCAUUAUUACUCCUGCUCUCAGACCCUGACCAAGGUCUCGAGGUGACUGGGAAGUAUCAGAUGCAGAAGGCCCAGUUCUCCUGGAUCAAGGUGACUUUCAAGAAUCCCCAGCUGCAGGUCCGCGUGUCUCCUGAGCAUGUGGUCGUGACUAGGGGCCGAAGAAGCUCUGAGUACAAAUGGAAGGAGACUCUGUUUGUGGUGAUGCCUGGCCUCACGAUGACCAUGGACAAGGCAGGGCUCCUGCUGCUCAGCAGCCCAGACAAAGUGACCAUCGGCCUGCUGUCCUGGGACGGCCCUGGGCAGGGGCUUCGGCUGCUUCUGCGGGACACUGACCGCUUCUCCAGCCGCGUCGACGGGAUCCUUGGCCGCUUUUACCAGGGCGUGCUCUGGGGGCCGCCAGAUGCCACAGAUGACAGCAAGCGAACACUGAGGACUCAUGGGUUUGACUACAGUGCCACCAGAGAGCUCAAGGUGGAUUACCAAGAGGGGACCCCAGGAACAGAGAUUUCCUGCUGGUGUGUCGAACUAUAG